AUCAAAGCCCUGGAUCUGGGCUUUCCAGAAUCACCAGGACGAGCGCUCUGAGCUGUAGGGCUAAUGUGCACUACUUCCUCAGUUGAGAGGCAGGCGUAUGCCUCCCAGAGUUACUCAGUUUCACUUUUGCACUCAACAGUAAAAAGAAACUACAUGGGCACUCUGCUUUCUAACUGUGGCCCUCUCAGUCACUGCUGCUGGACUCCAAGGUUGCCCUGGGAGAGUCAGACCUCGACAGCAGCAUGCCCUCCAUGGAGACCCUGAAGGGCCCCAGCUUCGGUCAGCACUUCAGAAUGAUGGUGAUCUGCAUAGUGCUCCUGCAGGUGCUCCUGCAGGCGGUGUCUGUGGUUGUGACUUACAUGUAUUUCUCCAACGAAUUGAAGCAGCUGCAGGACAAUCACUCCAAAAUUGGACUAGCUUGCUUCUCAAAGGAAGACAAGGAUUUUUGGGACUCUACUGAUGAAGAGAUCUUGAACAGACCCUGCUUGCAGGCUAAGAGGCAACUGUAUCAGCUCAUUGAAGAGGUGACUUUGAGGACCUUCGAGGAAACCAUCUCUACAGUUCCAGAAAAGCAGCUAAGUACUCCUCCCUUGCCCAGAGGUGGAAGACCUCAGAGAGUGGCAGCUCACAUUACAGGGAUCACUCGGAGAAGCAACUCAGCCUUAAUUCCAAUCUCCAAAGAUGGAAAGACCUUGGGCCAGAAGAUAGAAUCCUGGGAGUCGUCUCGGAAAGGGCAUUCGUUUCUCAACCAUGUGCACUUGAGGAAUGGAGAGCUGGUCAUCCAGCAGCAAGGCCUGUAUUACAUCUACUCCCAAACUUACUUCCGAUUUCAGGAGGCUGAAGAAGCUUCCAAGACAGUCUCAAAGGACAGAGGGAGAGUCAAACAGAUGGUGCAGUACAUCUACAAAUACACCAGCUACCCUGAUCCCAUAAUGCUGAUGAAGAGCGCCAGAAACAGCUGUUGGUCCAAAGAUGCCGAGUACGGACUGUACUCCAUCUAUCAGGGGGGACUGUUUGAGCUCAAAGAAAAUGACAGGAUUUUUGUUUCUGUGACGAAUGAGCAUUUGAUGGACCUGGAUCAAGAAGCCAGUUUCUUUGGAGCCUUUUUAAUUAACUAAAUGACCUGCAAAGAUCAAACACAGCCCUAAAAUACCCAAUGAUCUUCUAGGUUGAAGGCAUGCCCAGAAGCGACUGAACUGGUUAGGGUAUGGCCUGGCUGCUGAAACCUCAGGACAGAUGUGACAGAGAGGCAACUGGAACACAGCAGCUGCAGGCCAGCUGCAGACACUUUCAGUGUUUCAUCCGAGGCACUUGCUUUAUUCCCCCGAAAUGAGAUCACUAUAGCCUUUUAAUGAUCCACCUGGUACCAGUUUGCAGAGAUCUAGAAGAUGUCCAAUUUCUAAAUAUUUAUGCAACAAUUGACAAUUUUCACCUUUGUUAUCUGGUCCAGGGGUGUAAAACCCAAGUGUUCCAGAGCUGUAUGCAGACUAUGAAUGCAGGUCAGCAUAAAAAUCACAGAAUAUCUCACCUAUAACAUGAGAGAGAGAGAGACAGAGAGAGAGAGAGAGAGAGAGAGAGAGAGAGAGAGAGAGAGACAGAGAGAGACAGAGAGAGACAGACAGAGAGAGAGAGACAGACAGAGAGACAGAGAGAGAGAGUCUGUGCGUGUGACUGUUCUUUAUGGUGACUGGUUAUGCUUUUCUCAAGUGUAAACUCUACAUAAUAACAUCAUGCCUCACCAUCAGUGGGCACCUUGCCCAAAGAAUAUGUGAAAUCUCCAGGCAAUGAAUGAGGGCAGCCCAAGAAAGAGGCACAUAGAGUCAUACAGCAGGGCUGCCCCAGCCUGCUGGAGCUCAGAUCCUCCCACCACAUGCCCUGGGUGCAGAUGUAGAGUUGAAGGAGGGUCUUGCCUUGUAAGUCUUUGGUGCCUCCCUCCUUGAUCUGCUUCCGGUCCUCCUUUGCUUGUUUGCUAGUUUUGAGGCAGAGCAUCAUGUAUCCCAGGAUGGUCUCAAAUGCAAUAUGUAGUCAAGGGCGAUCUCUAACUGUGCAACCUCCUGCCUCCAAGACUUGCUGAGCUUAUAGGCAUGCGCCACCCUGCCCGGUUUGUGUAGAGCCAGGCUUCUUGUACUCAUGGCAACCACUCCACACUGAGCUUUGUCACAGCCCCAUUCCUUCCUUUUCUGAAUGGAAAUACUUUGUGUCCCUAUAUCCUAGAAGUAGCAACGUUCAGCAGCGCAGAAUUUACCUUGAUUUUCAGGAUCAAGUUUGGACUAGGUUCAACAUGCUUGCUUUGUCCAGAAGACAGCUGUCACCCCCAGUUCUCUGGCUCUUACAUCUGUCCACUCCACCUGCUAAGAUGUUGAACACAUGUUCUUUUUAAGAUGUUGGUGCCUGGAGUUUCAUUAGAGUAACACAAAACUGACUAAAACCAAACAACAACAACUCCAAACAAGCCCAUAUGAUGUGUUUUAAUGAAACAUUUUUUUUUAAAGCUUAUUGGGGGCCUGGAGAGAUGGCUCAGAGGAAAACAGCACUUCCAGAGGACCCAGGUUCAGUUCUCAGCCCUGAUGUGAUAGUUAACAGCUGUAACUCCAGUCCCAAGGGAUCUGACUUUCUGGCCUUUACAGGCAAUACAUGCACACGAUACAGACAUACAGUCUGACAAAAUACCCAUAUACAAAAAUAAGUGUUUUUUAAAAAAGCUUAUUUGAAUGUAAGAGUAAGGCUAGCUGUCACUUCUGAUACCUCUUCUUAUUUUUUAUGACUCAAGCCCUUAUAAACUAGCAAAUAGAUGUCCCAGCUACCACUUGAAUAUAAGCGCUUGAAUACCUCCUUUCACUAGAAUAGAAGCAUUUUAAUACUAAAACGCAGAGUAAUAAUAAAAAUUUUGCCUAGAAUUAUAGCCCUAGUACUUAGUAAAGUACUUGUAUGUCAUGUCUACAUAAACCAAAUGAAUGUAUUAAUUAAAAAUAAACAUAAUGAUCACAUGGGAAACACUAUGAGAAAUAGUGGAGAACAUUUGAAAGCUCACAAAAGGCACUUGACAACCUGAAUUUGACCCUUGGCACUUCCUUAGUGGGAGAGAACCUAUUCCUACAAGAUGUCCGCUGACCUCCACACAUGCGCAGUGACACACACACACACACAGAGUCACGGCAGGGCUAAGAACUAAACCCAGGGUCUUCCUCCCAGUAGGCAUGUGCCUCACACUGAGUGGCACCGUAAAUGCAGCCUUAAGGUUUUAAAUGGCAGACAUAACUGAGUGUUCUUUUAAUUCCUGGUCCCUAAGUCAUCACUGAAGGAAAAAUUCACAGCACUUCCUCUUGUUUGCCAGGCUGUAAAGCGAAAUGGUAUCUAAUUUCUAGUUUUCGUGUUGAAUACAUACAUUCUUUGUGUGCUGUUCCUGUAUGGUCAGUCUAUACUGGACUCUCCUGUGGAGCAGUUUAUAAUGCUCAUGCCUGGAGUGAACCACAAUCCAACAGGAUCCGAAUCUUGGAGUGGCGAUCAGAGAUCUUUGGUGUGUGCAUCUUUAAUUUCUUUCAAGUAAUGAGCAGGUAGCCAGUAGGACACAUAUUUGCCAAAAUGUCAAAUGCUGUGAUUUAGAAAUUAAAUAUUUAAGAAUGUAACAUGCUCAGACAAAUCAUGUGAAACAUUAAACUCCAUGACUUGUUUAAACAAGCACACCUAAAUAUUCUGUCUUCUGCUAGAAUCUAAAGCCUAAGACACAGGAAGCAACAGUUGAGAGAAUAUUCUAAAAUGAUAACUUUCUGGGCAAUUGUAAGUCCUUUUUAAAAGGCAUGAAUAUUUAUCUGUUUGAAAAGGAAAUCAAUUUUGGGUAGGGGAGGGGGUUGUUCUUUCCUUGUUGAGUUCCAGCCCAACAAACCAUCUGACUUAAGACUAAGACAAACCUGCCACCUGGCUAACUCAGACUGGGGACCUGGGUGAGCACAGGGACAAUGAUCUCAGGGGAGAGGUCAGCUCUACUGUUUUGGAGCAGAAGUGUCUAGGCAAAGGCUUCUUUUCAGACCAAAAAGGGUCACUUUAAUGUCACACACCAUGAGUGCCACCAGGUGGCGAGUUUCCCUUAAUUUCCUCAGUAUCAAGUCUUUUAAAGGUGUAUCAAAUUCUCAGGUAUAAAAUAAAAAACGAAGAAAGAUUGGUUACCUUAGGACCAUAGGCAAUUGGAGGUAAAGACAAGAAAUAAGGUCCUGUAUCCUGAUGGAGCGCCAGCCUUUAGCUGAAUCUGUGAGGAACAGGGUGGGACUUCACAUGGUAAAAUGCCAGUUUUCCUUUAUUUGGUUGGUUGGUUUUGAUUUUUCAAGACAGUGCAGUUUUAACUAUCCUGGAACUUGAGACCUCAAACUCAGAGAUUUGCCUAGCCUCUGGCUCCAGACCUCUGAAAUUAAACACACGCCACAAUGCUUGUUCUAAUUGCUUUUGCAUUGGGUUCUAGGUCAUGCUGGUCUUUCUUCCUAAAAGCCCUUAGAAAGCCGUACUGAAGACGAUCUAGUUACAAUACAUAGACAGGGAGAAAGCAAUGAGAUUCCGAGUCUUCCUGUUCUGUGUCAAAUCAAUCCACAAAACACCUGAGAUCAUGAAAUGUAACCUCUAGAUCUUGCAUAAUAAUAUUUUGAAGAGAGUUUCACCACAGGCUUCCUGUAAGAGUAAGUUUGGGUUCCGUAUUAAGAAUCUGAGGUGUGUUCUUUUGUUUGCUUGGGUUGUUGUUGUUAUUUUGUCUUGUUUUUUUUUUUUUUUGUUUUUAAGUGAAACAGAAUUUAAGUUGACUUUUGUAAAUUCUAUUUGCUCCCAAGGGAGGACUCUGUGAAGUCUGGAGUCUCAACAAUUUGUCUUUUGUCCUGCCUCCUGUUAUCAUAGACUGUGGCCUUCGCCACUCCAUCACUGCCUACUGUUUUUCUUGGAGACAGAGUCUCUCCCAUUACUGGCAACCAGCAGUGCACUGAGAUUCUCCUGACAGGUGGCCAUAUGGGUUUUUUACAUGGACUCUGGGGAUUUGAACCUGGGUUCUCAUGCUUGAGCCACAACUGCUCUUACCUCUGAAUGGUCUCCCCAGCUCAAUCGCUGCUACUUUUUUUUCUUGGCAAAUCAAUUCAAUUCUGUAGUUUUCUUCCAAGUAUUAUUUUAACUAUUUACUAUAGAUUGGCAUAUAACACUUUCAUUAUCAAUGUCAGAAAUUUUGUUUAACCAGCUUUUAUUUUAUUUUUUUACUUACUCUUGAAAUAAAGGGAUAAAUAGAUAUUUUCAGUUGUGAGACAUGAAAGUAUUAAAGAGAAUUUUUCUUCUUUCUUUCUUUUCUUUUUUUCUUCCAUGUUGAUAGCAGUGAAACCAGAAAGAAAAUUAACUGUGAUGGUGAUUAUUUCAAAUGUAUUCAUACUAUUUUGUGGGCUGGGAAAUGUUAAACUUUGUAAACUCUGACACACACAAAGUAAUACUUUGAAUUUCACCUUAAUGAAAAUAAAAGCAAAUACAUCCAGUGCA